GAAAUGGUGGUGGCAGAUGAAUAAUAAACGUAACUUAUACAUAAAUCUUCCAUAUUGAACUGACAAGAAGUACGAACUAGUUUUCUUUAUACUGCAGAACUUGUUGAGAACUAGCUGUUCACCAUGGGAGUUCUCGGACUUUGGAAGCUCCUUGAGCCAUGUGGAAAACCUGUACCUCUGGAAAGUCUGGAAGACAAGAUAUUGGCAGUAGAUGUUUCCAUUUGGCUCAAUCAGGUGAUCAAAGGCUACCGAGAUGGCCAGCACGGCGCCAUGGCCAACGCCCACCUGCUCGGUGUCUUCCACCGGGUCUGCAAGCUGCUUACCUAUAGGAUCAAACCCGUGUUCGUGUUCGACGGUGGAGUGCCCGCCCUGAAACAACAGACACUGUCGGCACGGCGGCUGCGGAAGGCGGCCGCCUCCCAGGCUGCCGACCGCACCUCCCAGAAGCUGGUACAGAACCUGCUGCGCCAGGAGGCGAUGCGCGCCGUACUGGGCGCCGCGGCACCGCUGCCCCUGGCGGUGGCCGCCGCCAGCCGACCGGACCCGUUCGCGCUGCCGCCGGCGCCGCCCGCUCAGAGCGCGGAUGCCGGCGACUCGGAGAGCGGGGACAGCAGCUCAGACAGCGAGUCGGAGGCCAUCGUGGACCGGCUCCAGCACGACCUUCACAGCUUCGACUUCGAGUCGGACGAGUUCCGAAACCUGGCGCCGCAUGUCAAACACGACAUCCUCUCCGACCUCAAAGACACCCGGAAACAGAACUCCUGGGGAAAACUGGACCAGAUGCCUAAGGAUGCUGAUACUUUCUCUGAUUUCCAAAUGGAGCGGCUGCGUAAGAGAAAGAAGUUCCAGGAUUCAAUGGAUGACGUUGAAGCCGAAAUCACUAAAAGGAACACCGAGCUGCUGCACAUGGGUAUCGACCUGCCGGGCACGGUGACGGCCCACUCGAUGGCCUCGCGCGCCGGUACUUUCCUCGUUCUGAGCCACCCCUCGGCCGACAAACAGACUGGUGACGGCUCGGACGGCGCUGGCGCUGCUGCUGCUGCUGCAGGUUCUGCCACUGCCGUGAAGUCGGAGCCGGACGAGGACGAGGACGAGGGCGCGCUGGCAGACGCUGCCGACACCAUGGAGUACCUGGCCGGCACAGACCUGUUCGGGGGCGGCGGCAGCGGCGGCGGCGGCUCGGCGGCGCGCGUCGACCGACGGAUGGAGGAGCUGAGCGGCGCGCGCCGCGGCGCACCCGGCGGCGCAGCGGGCCGCGGCGGGCAGCGCUCCGCCUCACAGACAGAGGCCGACACUGCGCAGGUGUUCUCCGAGAUGGGCAAAAAGUACUCGAACCUCUACCUCAAGUUCUCCGCCCAGUGGCUGGAAGACGAGAAGAAGGCGGACGUCAAGACCAAGCGGGACUCGCCGCAGAAGCGGAAGGCCCCCGACCCGCCACCCAGGCAGAGUGAACCUCCGGCAAAGAAACCGGCCUCGAAGCCGGAGUCUGUCCACAUCCCCACCUUAGAGGAAGUCACCAGGGACUUAGCGAAAAUAUCAGCCGAACGGAAAAAGGCCUCUCGGUCUGGACAGUUCAAAAAGCCGUACCCGGUCGCGCCUAAGAAGUCAACAAAAUCCUCAAAAACGUCUCGGUCGAAAGUUGUCACCGAUUCGUCCGGCGCUGCCCCUACUGCCGCCUCGUCUGACACCGGGAUGCUGACAGUUUCCAUUAACCCCGUGUCCGCUCCAGCCGAGGACGAUUUAUUCAGCGACGUGUUCUCUGCGCCUUCGGCGGUGGAAGAUGACGUCGGUGUAAUGAGUGACUCGGAGGAGAGUGACGGGGAAGACACUGACGGUGGCAGAGACAGUGCCGAUGCGGCGACUGCUGUGACGUUGAAGUCAACCAGUCCUGCUCCGGGCAAUGUUACAGAGAAGACCGCGGGGAGAAGUGACAAACGGUCGGACGACGGGAUAGUACCGUCCAGCAAUGGACCUCCAAAGGACCAGCAGCUGGAGAACUGUGCCAGAGGUACUGCUGAGGUGGUGACGUGCGCAGCAGCUGAUAGACCUACAGAGGCUCGGUUAGGAAAGGAGGACGCCACUCCCGCCACCGCUGGCCAUCCUGGUAAGCUAGAAGAGACCAGGCUACCCUCCUCAAAAGCAUCGCCUUCCCGUGAGGAGAGCGUUUCCAGUAUGUCAUCCGCCGAACCACCGCAGCCUGUGACAGUGGGCGGGAGUCGGUCCAUUGCCCCUGCUGCUGCUUCCCCUACCAACACGGCCUCGAACCGUCGCCCGCCUCCGGUGGACAGUGCCUCGUUGACUUCUGACGGCGAGGAUGCUGACGACCCGGGGGUACUCUCCCCAUCCAGGGGUCGGGACUCGCCGCUGGUGUUACCGGUGUCACCGCGACGAGGCGACGCCACUGCUGCUGUCCCUACCGCCGCCCACACCGCGGCCCCUGCGGCCUCCAACGGGAUCUCUGCAACCUCCAGCGAGGCCCCUGCAGCCCCAACAGCCGCCGCAGCGGGUCCUUCAAAUGACACCGCUGGUCCUUCAGCCUCUACCGAGGUUCCGUCAACAUUCAGCGCGGGUACUUCGUCCUCCAUUGACACCCUUUCAACCUCCACCGCGGGUCCUUCAGCGUCUAACACGGGACCUCCAGCCCCCGCCGCGGCUGAGCCCGCCUCUCCUGCAGUAGAGGACUCUGUGUGGGACGGUCUGGACGACUCUGAGCUGCGCGGCCUCGCCGAGGAUCUGGCCAGAGAGCAGAUGUCGCUGCUGGAGGAGCGUGGACGCCAGCAACGGGACGCCGCCGGCGUCAGCGACGACAUGUACAGGGACGUCCAGGCGCUGCUGGAGCAGUUCGGCAUUCCGUACGUGGUGUCGCCCAAGGAGGCCGAGGCGCAGUGCGCCUUCCUGGAGAUGGCCGGUCUCACUGAGGGCACAAUAACGGACGACAGCGACAUCUGGUUGUUCGGCGGCCGGCGGGUUUACAAGAACUUCUUCAACCAAAAGAAGUUCGUCGAGUGCUACCAGGCGGGCGACAUCCAGGGAUCCCUGGGUCUGACGCGCGGCCAGCUGGUCUGCGUGGCGCUCCUCACGGGCAGCGACUACACGCUGGGUGUCGAGUCCGUGGGCUGUGUGCGUGCCCUGGAGAUAUUGGCCGAGUUCCCCGGCGAGGGUCUGAGCGGGCUGCGCGCCUUCCGCCGCUGGUGGGAGCAGGCCCGCGCCGGCGCCGGCGCCGCGGCGCGCACACCCAUCCGCCGCAGCCUGACGGCGCUCAAACUGACUCACGGGUUUCCGUCGGAGGCGGUGAUGACGGCCUACCUGGAGCCGGAGGUGGACACCAGUCGGGAGCCGUUCAGCUGGGCGCCGCCCGACCCGGACGGCCUCAGACACCUGGCCGCCGCCAAAUUCGGCUGGGGCGCCGCGCAGACCGACACCGUGCUCAACCCCGUCCUGGACAGAUACAAACAGAAACAGGGCCAGCGGCGCCUGGACGCGUUCUUCACGGCCGCCUAUCGCCGGGACGCGCCCACCGAGGGCUCCAAACGGCUGCAGGAGGCGGUCCGCAGAGUCCGCGGUGACGACCCGCCGUCCCCGCCUUCACGUGGAGCGGAGCCGAGCGGCCCGGAGCCGGGAGCGGCGGCGGAUCCAGACGCUCUCCUGGAUGACGGUCUGGAUGAGCUGCUGGCAGCGGUCGAGGAGCCGCUGGAUGAUGCUGGUGAUGAUGACGGCGCGGGUGACGCGUUUACGGAGCCGAUGGAUGAAUGGGAUGGUAUGAAUGGUGCGGAUGGCCUCGGCGAUGGAGAGGCAUUUGAAGAGCCAAGUGGAGUAGAGUCCACGGUAGAGUCGGCCCAGCUGCCGGACGUUGUGCCCAGGCCGCGCGCUGUGCCUCGUGGGUCGGCCAGCAGGGGCGCCCGAGGUCGGGGCGCCACCGGCGGCCGCGGCAGAGGUCGUGCUCGCCCCAGGAAACCGGUUUCGUUCUCAGCUGAUGAGCCGGGCCCGUCCUCCGCCGCCGCGCCGUCCGCCCCGGCCACCUCUCGGUCGAGCCCUGCGGCGUCCCGCUCUGCACCGGUGUCCGGCGAACUCUCCUCUCUGGACCCGGUGGCCCGGGAGCGUGUGCUGCUAGUCCGGCGUCUGCGGGACCGCGCCAACCUCAUCCGCUCCCAGAUCCAGCACGAGAACCCGCCGGCGGCGCGGCCGGCCGCCCAGAAACCCUCCACACGCCAAGUGCGCGCACAGAUGAUGGAAGGACUGCUGAAACACAACCCGCGACUGAGACUGGAGCGGGAGGCGCAGCUCCGGCGCCGGCUCGGCCUGCCGCCGCUGUCGGCCGGGCGGGGUCGGUCCUGCCGCGAUCCGGCCGCGCGCAGGGAGGAGAGCUUCUCUGAGGUACUGGCGGCGCCGGACCGGAAGCCGGACGGAGCGGCGACGCGGCUCCUAUCCGAGCGCCGCCAGGCGGAGGCGCGGCGGCAGGCUGCCGAGCUGCUGCGGGCCGGCGGCCGGCGCCGCGGACAGCGAGCGGGGGGCCGGCGGCAGGCGCCGGUCCGCCGAGCUCCGGCCGCGCCCCGCGCCGGGGGGCUCUCCGAGAGCAGCGACAGCGACUGA